UGAUUCUUUAGCAAAAGAUGAAUCAUGAAUGUGGUCAACUUAAACAGCAUUUUUAUCGUAUUUACUCUCUUAGUUUGGUGUCUGUUUUUGAAGCUCAACCCAUUCCUCCUUCAGAAGACUCCAUAUUGGUGUUUUCUCCUGGUGAAAAUGCAAGAAUUACAUGGAGAUUUAGUGAUGUGGAUUUAUCAUAUCAAGGAUUUUCAUUUCAGGGGAGGUCUCGUGUCAGAGAGGUUCUUGGUACAAUAAUCUCUGGAGUAGUGGGCAAAAGUUUCAUUAAAGGGCUAACAUUUGAUGUUGAAUCACCACUUACAUUGAUUCUCAGGAAUGUGAACGAAACAUACAAUGGAACUUAUAGCUUGCUUGUUUUCUCUCAAGCAGGCAAAGCUUAUAUCUCAAAUGUGACUGUUUUUAUUGCAGGUUUGUGA